AUGGACGUCACUGCACUCAUCGGUCCUCCUCUUCGUCCUCCUCGCAGAUUGCGGCUGUCACAUCCCUGGCACAUUAUCGAUGCGUCAGAGUUCCUGAGUAGUUGCGGACCAUCCCUGCCUCCAUCUCACUCUUAUUUCCCUUAUAUACUAAACGUCUGUCCUGUAUCACCAUUUUUUUCCUCCUCACAAGAUGAGAAUAUUAAACAUGAGCCUCAUUUGUAUACGAAGAAAAAUGGUAUUGCAAUCAGAAAACUUGUCGUUAGUAAUUUACCCCCUGAGACACACGAAAAAGAUAUUAAAUUUCUUUUCUCGAAAUAUGGACAAAUUGACAAGUGUUUAUUGAGACAAGACUGCAAAUCAAAUUGUAUUCGUUGCUUCAUCACAUUCAAGAAUGCUGAAGAUGCUUUACAAGCAAGAAAAGCGGGGUAUGAAAACUUUAUUCAACUGAAUAAUCGAACACUAACCGUUGAACCGGUAUAUUCAUGGUUUCAGCCUGAAAAAAGGAGAAUAAAUUUAAAAAGAAAACGAGAAAGUACACCAGAACCAGAGGAACCACCAAUCAAAAAAUUAAACGAAGAUUGUCUCAUCAGAAUUUUCGAAUAUCUUCCAAUUACAGAUAGACUCAGAAUUGAAAGGGUUUCAAGGCAAUUUCGCGCAGCAAGUUUCAAAUCAUGGAGCAGAAUUAAGUACCUAAAAAAUUCCUCUUUCAAAACAACUGACACAACAAGAAGUAUAAUGGCAUUUAAUAAAAUUCUACAAAGAUGCGGACGUUACGUGACUCGCGUGAGAUUAAAUUCCAGCAAUGGUGAAUAUAAUGAGGAAUCACUUCGAAUUUUACCGAUUUAUUGUCAAAAAUUAAAUUCCCUGUAUGCAAGUUCACUAUCAUCGUCGACAGCAUUGAAAAUUUUAGCCCUUCGCUGUCAGAAUAUUACAAAAAUUGAACUAUCAUUGGAAAAUUGUUUUGAAGAUUCAGAUGAUGAUUUUGCCUUCUUAUUUUCUUUGAAUAGAAAAUUGAAAUAUGUUGAUAUUUGUUAUGGCUACAUAAAUGGCACUUGUCUACUACAAUUACCACCUGAAUCGAUACAGUCAAUCGUUUUGGACAAAUGUCUAGCGUCUGCCGAUCAUUUAAUAGAAGCAGUGAAGAAUUAUAAAAAAUUAUACGAACUCGAUUUGACUGAUUGCGACAUUACCGGCCUUUUACCAGCUCUAAAAAAUUGUGCCAAUACUUUAAAUACCCUUUUCUUCCAAGAUUGUGUUUUGAGAAAUAGAAAUGAAGCCGAUUGUAUAAAAUUUUUUGUCAAUCUUCAACAAUUAUGGCUUGUCACAAAUUUAUGGGUUACUGAUGAUUUUUUGUACCACGUUGGACAAAAUUGUCACAAAAUUUCUUCCGUAUGCAUAAUAGGUAUGAACGAAAUAAUAACAGACUUUGGAAUUGGCAAUUUAGCACCACUGCCAAAAUUAGAAUGGUUAAAUAUCAAAUUAUCGAUAACGGGCACAGGAUUGGAGAAGAUGUUGAAUUUAAAAUAUUUAGAAAUUAAUAGCGACGGCUCAUUAACGGAAGAUGCAUUGUGUAAGAUUUUACAGAGAGCAGAGAAAUUAGAAACACUGAAAAUCAACGAUGAAAUGUACACGAGAAAUGAUUGUAAAUUAAUAAAAGUCGCUAUUGAAGUCUGUGAAAAAAGGGAAAAUAAUUUACCACUACGUUUCAUUUUCCAAACAAUAUCAGAGAGAGACAAAAUUGAGCAUUUAACCCGAAUUUCUCCUAAUCUCUUCUUUGAAUUAAUUAUGUAAAAAACAAAAUAAACAGUUCUUUUUUAAAAUUCA